AUGGCGCUGUCGCCGCCUGUUCCCCCGAAGGGUCGUGCUCUCGUGUGCUGUUCUGUGUGUUGUCGGGGGGACCUCCGCCGCCCCCUUAGCGAGGCGACGGAGGCUGCCCCCUCCGCUCCGGCUGCUCGGGCUUGCUUCUUUUUCUGCCGCCGCCGCCGCUUCUCCUCGUCGCAUGAGUUUCAGUCACAUCCAAUUCCAAUCAAUUCAACAAUAGCCGCCGUGGCUUCACCUUCCUCUAGAAACCAGACGCCGUCCUCCUCAUGCUCCUUUUCCUACCCCUUCGCUUCAUACACCUCCGGCAAUUUUGCUCCCGAGCCUCCCCCUUGUCCCCACGCGCUUCUCCUCCUCCUUUGGCCACCAUCAGCGUUUUUCUUCCACCUCUUCGCCACCGUGUCCAACAUCGUCAUCCGUGAGAUUCUACUCGGAGCAACCACCAAGCUCCCCCUGACAACACUCCACGGCUAUAAAGAGGUUCAACUAGAGCCCACAUCUUCAUGGGCUUUACUACGCAAGGAUUUUGCUGCACCAUCAAAAUACACUGGUAUAUUUCAAGCAUCUAAAGAUAUUUUCAGAGAAGAAGGUUUUCAGGGUUUUUGGCGGGGGAAUGUACCGGCAUUGCUUAUGGUUAUGCGAUAUACAGCUAUACAGUUUAGAGUUUUACAUAAGUUGAAAACUCUUGCCUCUGGUUCUUCCAAGUCAGAGGAUCACAGUAGUUUGAGCCCUUAUCUGUCCUAUGUCAAUGGGGGCAUUAGCUGGAUAUCAAGGGAGCAGCUAGCUGCUGUGUAUAUGAAGAAUGUUGAUGAGGGAGAAUUAGUUGUGGCAUAUAAUUCUGGUUUUGGUGGCAUAGUGUUUGGUUUGUUGAAUUUCAGCAGCAACAACAGAGCUGGUUCAUCUUCCUCACCUAACAAUGAGGUGGUGUCUUAUGGGAAUGGGAAAGGAGCAGAGUUAGAAGAGAAGAGGGAUAUGCGGCCGAGGGAGAUCCAACUGGUCAUGAGUGGGUACCUGCCCUCUGUGAUGUCUCAAUCAGACCUGGUUGGUUUUGGCAUCCUUUAG